AUGGUCAAGACCUACAGCAAGUACGAGCAGACCAAUGCCUUCGGUGUAGUCGCAACCGCCACCUCGAACAUUGUCUGGACUUCUGAAGGUGUCACUCAACCCGGAUCGAAGUGGCCUGCUGGAGCGGGACGAGCUUAUGUGGCCGCCAACGAGGAGGUCUUGUGCUGGGAUAUCAAAAAAGGUGAGCUUCUCAGCAGAUGGCGCGAUUCAUCUUGCACAGAUGAAGUUACCGCUAUAUGUCGGAGCGACGUGGAUCCCGACGUCUUCGCUAUAGGCUAUUCAGAUGGGAGCAUUCGAAUUUGGGAUGCCCAGACAGGCACGGUCAUAAUAAGUUUCAAUGGCCACAAAUCUGCGGUGACGAUACUUUGUUUUGAUUCAUCUGGAGUGCGAUUGGCCAGCGGCGCGCGAGAUACAGACAUCGUCAUUUGGGAUCUAGUUUCUGAAGUUGGCUUGUUCAAGCUCCGAGGCCACAAAGGACAAAUCACGGGGCUACACUUCAUUCACCCUGUGACAGCCACCAAUACCGAGACCAACGACACAGUACCGGAACUAGAUACAGAUCAGGCAUUUCUACUUUCCACGAGCAAGGACGCGCUGAUCAAGAUCUGGGAUGUCAACACUCAGCAUUGCAUCGAAACGCACAUCGCUCAGUCGAAUGGUGAAUGCUGGGCUAUGGGAGUAUCACUCGACGGGAGUGGCUGCAUAACUGCUGGAAACGACGGAGAGCUCAAGGUGUGGUCGAUUGAUUUACCUGGGCUAAGCAACGCGAGUUCGUCUUUAGGAGAGGCCACCGACCAGAGAUAUCUUCGCGAGAGAGGUACACUAUAUCGGCAGGGGAAAGAUAGGACACUGGAAAUUUCAUUCAAUCGUAGAUCGAACUACAUAGCCAUUCAUGGGUCAGAAAAGGCUGUAGAAAUAUGGCGGAUACGGACCGAAGGAGAGGUUCAAAAGAGUUUGGCCCGCAAGAGAAAGAGGAGGCGUGAAAAGGCAAAGAACGAACUCAGCAAAGAUGCAGAAGAGGAAGCCGACGCGGGAGAAGAGAAGGCAAAUAUCGCGGAUGCUGAAAUUGGAGAGGUCAUAGUACCAUUUGUUACUGUCCGAACAGCUGGAAAGGUUAGGUCUAUAUCGUGGAUGCAAAGCCGCGGCACUAAGAAACUACAACUACUUGUGGGAACAAGCAACAAUCUACUUGACAUCUACGAAGUCUCUCAGAAGGGCAAGGCUAAGAGCGAGGAGAGCCCAGAGUACACCAGAACAAUGUCUGUGGAAUUAGCCGGGCACAGAAACGAUAUCAGAGCCCUAGCCCUCAGUUCAGACGACCGGAUGCUUGCCUCUGCUUCCAGCGGAGGUCUUAAGAUCUGGAAUGUGCGGACGCAGAACUGCCUCAGGACUUUGGAGUGCGGAUACGCUCUAUGUUGUGCUUUCCUUCCGGGAGAUAAGAUCGUUCUUGUUGGUACUAAAGACGGCGAAAUCGAGCUAUUCGACAUUGCUGCUUCAUCCCUGCUCGACAAGAUCGACGCUCAUGAAGGGGCAAUAUGGACGCUCCAAGUCCACCCUGACGGCAAGUCCGUCGUUACAGGAAGCGCAGACAAAUCGGUAAAAUUCUGGGAUUUUGAAAUUGUUCAAGAGGAAAUUCCUGGUACCAAGCGGACGACGCCUCGACUACAACUCGUUCAAUCACGCAUUCUAAAGGUCAGUGAUGAUGUCCUCAGUGUCCACUUCUCUCCAGACUCUCGGCUACUGGCGGUCUCUACUCUGGACAACACAGUCAAAGUCUUCUUCGUCGACUCGUUGAAGCUCUUCCUCAACCUCUAUGGCCACAAGCUUCCUGUUCUCAAUAUGUCCAUCUCGAGCGACAGUAAGCUCAUCGCCACAUGCAGCGCUGACAAGAAUGUCCGCAUAUGGGGCCUCGACUUUGGUGAUUGCCACAAAGCACUUUUUGGUCACGAUGAUAGCAUCAUGCAGAUUGCCUUCAUACCUCAUCCAGUUGACCAGGAGGAGAAGCACAUCUUCUUCAGCGCGAGCAAGGACAAAGUGGUGAAAAGCUGGGAUGGGGACAAAUUUGAACAGAUUCAGAAGUUCAAGGGCCACCAUGGUGAGAUCUGGGCUAUGGCGAUUGCCAGAACCGGAGACUUCUUAAUCACGGCAGCCCAUGACAAGAGCAUUCGAAUCUGGUCCCGAACAGAUGAGCCCAUCUUCCUGGAAGAAGAGCGAGAGCGGGAGCUGGAAGGGCUCUACGAGACCACGCUUGCAACUUCCCUCGAGGAUGACGGUCAGGUCGAUGAACAUUCAACAGAGGCCGUCGCGGCGUCCAAGCAAACAAUCUCCACACUCACGGCAGGAGAAAGGAUAGGCGAAGCCCUGGAGCUAGGCCUCACCGAUCUUGAACUUGUCCGCGACUGGGAGGCCCAGAAACUGUCCAAACCCAACCUCGCACCCCCACAACGCAAUCCGCUCUUCUUAGCUUUGGGUAACAUCAGCGCCGAACGCCACGUCCUCAAGACUCUGGCCAAGAUCCCAGCCGCGCAGCUUCACGACGCACUCCUCGUACUUCCGUUCUCAGCUCUUCCAGCACUCUUCACCUUUAUCGCUAUCUGGGUUCAGCGACAGUGGAACGUCACGCUGACGUGUAGAGUACUUUUUUUUAUGCUAAAGACGCAUCAGAAGCAGAUUGUGGCAAGCAGGGAGUUAAAGUCGGCUUUGGAAGCCAUGAGAUCUGACUUGAGGAGGACGCUAGGUGGGAUGAAGGAUCUGAUUGGUUUCAAUAUUGCGGCAUUGAAGUUUGUGAGUGAAAGGGUGGAUGAGAUGGGGAUAGUGAGAUUGGAGGAUGUGGAGGAGGCUGAGGGGAAGAGUGUGAAAAAGAGAGCCUUUGUAGACGUUGCGUGAGACCUGAUAUAGGUUUUAUU